AGUCAGCGUGGUGUGCGUACCCGACUGGGCCGCUGCCUGAAACAACAACAACAACCCAGCGUGAGUGUUACAGUAGGCAGGAAGGCAGAUUGAGGAUACAAGUUUGAUUUUGAUGAUUGACAGUUAGUGACAUUCAGUGCCGUUCCCAUAAUGAUACACGCGUGAUGUUCAUUGAAAAGACGGACUCCUAGUAUAGUAUGUGGUGCAGGCUGCGGGGCCCCGGUGUGGCGGCCAGGUGGUGUGUGGGGAGGCUGUGGCCCAAGUGGCAUGAGGCACCCUCCCUUUGGCACCACAGUGGUGUGUGGCGCCCUCCCAUGUGGCACACCUGUGGGCCACUCAGCGUGAUACUAUCAGACAGGAAAUAACGCCACCCAGCAAUCCCCCAGGGCUUGUGUGCACAUGCAGGCUGAAACACAGGCGUGGAGGUGGAGGGACUCGGCGGAGCAGCAAAGAUGACAUAUCGCAUCUGUUCAUUCCCGUACCGGUGAAGGCAAGGCAGGAUGAGAUCAAUGUUGGUGAGGAAAUGGCUGGUCCACUAAAGAAGGAGGACAUUUUGCGCAUCUUGAACCGGUUCUACACGAAUGAAACAGUCAAGGAGUUGGCCAGAGAAAAUGGUUUAGAUAAUUACCUUUACCAACAAACCUUCAUCAGUUUCCGUAAGUUCUGCCUUGAGUCUGAGAGUCUCCCAGUUGACCUUCACAUCAUCAUCAGUGACAUUGUUCAGGGUGCUGGACACAUUCACGACAUCUACCCAACCUUCCUGAAGCAUGCACAGAAAAUAUUCCCUCAUCUCAUAUGUAUGGAUGACCUCUACAAAAUAUCAGACCUCUCAAAUCCUCCAAAUUGGUACACAGAAGCCAGGGCGCUGAAUCGAAAAAUAAUAUUCCACGCUGGACCAACAAACAGCGGCAAGACGUAUCAUGCUAUGGAGAGAUUUUUGAACGCUGAAUCUGGCGUCUAUUGUGGUCCCCUUAAGUUGUUGGCCAGCGAGGUGUUCAACAAAAGUAACAGCAGGGGAACUCCUUGUGAUCUGGUAACUGGAGAAGAAAGAAGAUUUGGCAGCACUGAUGGCUGUGCAGCUCGACAUGUGGCUUGCACCGUGGAGAUGACGUCUGUUAAUGAUGCUUUUGAUGUGGCUGUGGUUGAUGAGAUCCAGAUGAUCCGUGACCCCGGCAGAGGCUGGGCAUGGACCAGAGCUUUGCUGGGCCUCAAUGCCAAGGAGGUCCAUGUUUGUGGCGAAGCUUCUACCAUUGGACUUGUCAAAGAAUUGGCCAUUGCAGCGGGUGAAGAGGUGGAGGUCAGGAGAUACAAGAGGCUGACAGAACUGACAGUUGAGGAUUAUGCUUUGCAAACUCUGGACAAUGUACAUCCAGGAGACUGCAUUGUGUGCUUCAGUAAGAGAGACAUCCAUUAUGUCACUCGAGAGAUUGAACGCAGAGGCCAUGAGGUCGCUGUUAUCUAUGGAGGAUUGCCUCCAGGAACUAAACUUGCUCAAGCCCACAAGUUCAAUGAUCCCAAGCACCCAUGCAAGAUUCUGGUUGCAACAGAUGCCAUUGGAAUGGGACUUAACCUGAGCAUCCGUCGCAUCAUCUUCUAUUCUCUGAUCCGGCCGAUGAUCAAUGAGAAAGGAGAAAUGGAGAUGGAGACAAUCAGUGUGUCGUCAGCGCUGCAGAUCGCAGGACGGGCUGGACGCUAUGGCACCCAGUGGGAACAUGGCUAUGUGACAUCAAUGAAGCCUGAGGAUCACUCCACCCUGUGCAGGCUGCUGUCCCACGUGCCUGAUGAUAUUGAACAAGCAGGACUUCAUCCAACAGCAGACCAGAUAGAACUGUUUGCGUAUCACUUACCCAGCUACACACUCUCCAAUCUCAUAGAUGUUUUUGUGAAUCUUUGCACUGUAGAUUCUUCUCUCUACUUCAUGUGUCUCAUGGAUGACUUCAAGUUCCUCGCUGACCUGAUCCAACACAUCCCCUUGCCUCUUCGUUCUCGCUAUGUCCUCUGCUGCUCUCCCAUUAACAAGAAGAUGCCCUUUGUAUGUGCCAUGUUUCUCAAGUUCACACGGCAGCUGUCACAGAAUGAGCCGGCCACUCUUGAUUGGUUGUGUCACCAAGUGAAGUGGCCCUUCUCCACUCCAGCCACUCUACUGGAUCUGGUGCACCUGGAGGAAGUUUAUGAUGUGUUUGAUCUCUAUCUCUGGCUGAGUUACCGUUUUCCAGACAUGUUUCCUGAGGGGGAAUUGGUUAGGGAUUUGCAGAGGGAGCUGGAUGAUCUAAUACAAGAUGGAGUCACACAAAUUGUGAGGCUGUUGCGCAACUCUGAUACUCGCACCUCCACCACUGCAGCAGACACUGAAGACACUUUCAUCAUGGAUCAGCGCCAAAAGAGUUCAAGUAGAGGAAAUCGAUCACUGCCUUUGACAAGUUCAGAGGAUUUGCACCAAGAAACCACAACACUUCCAAAGGCAAAGUUUCCUGCACAGUAUAGAAGGAAGACCAUGACCAGGGGGAACCUGACGGAGCGCCUCCUUGCCCAGGGUCUGCUCUCACCCAAGAUGUUAGCUGAGUUGCAGAGGGAAUGGCAACAGCAGGGGUCUGAGGAUGGAGAGGAUAGUGAGGGUGGCUCCUCUGGAAGACCCAGAAGAAACAAACCUGGUAAAAGGUGAAUACUGUAUUAUUUUGUAUGAUAAAAUGAUAUACAUUUAUUGUAAAUAUGUGAUCAAUUGUUUGAUAAAUUAAAAUUUCCAUUUAUAUCCAA